CAUUAAUUAUUUUUUAUAUGCAAAAUUGUAAAAAUAUAAAUUUAAUUUCAAUCUAUUCCCUCUUAUCUCUCGUCUACAGCACCGCCGACAACGACGCUCGCUGCCGGAAUCCAAACUUCUGCCGUCUCUUCUUCUUCUUCACCACUAUGGUGGGUAAGAGGCCAAACAUUUUGGUGACUGGUACACCAGGAACAGGAAAGACAACCACGGCAACUGCUCUGGCUGAAGCCACUCAGCUCCGCCACAUCAAUAUUGGAGAACUGGUUAAAGAGAAGAACUUGCAUGAUGGUUGGGAUGACGAGCUUGAUUCUUACAUUCUUAAUGAAGAUUUGGUAUGUGAUGAACUCGAGGAUGUUAUGGAAGAGGGAGGGAACAUCGUGGACUAUCAUGGCUGUGAUUUUUUUCCCGAGCGAUGGUUUAAUUAUGUGGUUGUACUUCAAACUGAUAACACCAUUUUGUAUGACCGUUUGACCAAAAGAGGGUACAAAGAAUCGAAGCUUUCCAACAAUGUCGAAUCUGAAAUCUUUCAAGUUUUACUUGAGGAGGCUAAAGAAAGUUACGCAGAGGAUAAAGUUAUUGCAUUGAAAAGCAACACUAUUGAAGACAUUGAUAGUAAUAUUGCAACUCUGACAGAUUGGGUCAGAAACUGGUCUGUAUAGGAUAUAAUGAAAAGUAUUAAGUCAGGGUUUCACAUGUUUGAAUCUGCAAUAUUUUUGACAUUAAUGCUAUGGGUUUUGAAUUAGACA